AUGAAGACAAUUAUGGAGGAUUUACUGACUGGGUGGUCGGUGAACGACGGAAGGUUAAAGCUGCAUGGCAGCAGUGGGAGCCAUUUUACGCCGCCUAACGGGCAGGGGUCACGCUCUGGUGGAUCCAUCACAGGGGCGAGUUUGGGAAGGACCCGAUUCUACGGCUGGCAUUCCUCGCAAACAUUCUCUGAUGAAAGUCGUGAGGGGGGCGGUGCUGCGGGCCCGCGCUUUGGCUCAGCGGCAUUGCGUGUUAAAGAGAAAAACCGCCUGCAGCAGCAGAUGUAUUCACCUUAUUUUUGCCCUGUGGGCCCGGCCGCAGUGCGAAGACGACCCGGCAACAGGACCUUUGCUGCUGCGGUGAGAACUGCCCCGUGCCGUCCAUGCAACAAUUCCGCAGGGAUUACACGCAGGUCACGUUGUGUUUCUGGAGAGCCGACGGCUUUAGCUCCUUUACCAAUGGCCCCGCGGCUGGUGCAGAGUGUGAAAGUUGGUUCAAGAGCUGUGUCGCCGCCACGCAAAACGUCUGAGCACAUCCCGCGCAGCCCCGGCGGCGCCUUCCUUCGUAGUCUUGCUCAAUCACCCCAACCGUGCGAUGAGAGCAAUAACGUCCUUCCUGAUGUACGGUGUCAAUCUAAUAAUGACGCCACUAAUUUAGCCUUUGACCAUCAUCCGCAAGAGGGCAACGUGCACGGCGGCGGUGCCAUGGUCCAUCUCUUGGUAAACGAAAACAGGCGGGGCAGCGAUUGUUCUUCUUUUCAAGAAUCUCCCUGCGAGAGCCCCGCCAGUGACCCGGCAGUUUUUUUGCGUCUACAGAUGAGGUGGGAGGCUGCCUGCGCGAUGGAGGCGAGCGCGUCGCAGCGUUGUGUUGUUUUGACGAAAAUGAUACAACAGCUAAAGAAUCAGAUUGACGAGGCCAGUGGUGCUCUGGAAAGCGUCAAGAUGCAGCGGGUUUUGCUUCAAGAGAGAAUGCGGUCGUUCACCGCUCUUCAGCUGGACGUGGGACGAGAGGAGAGGAAAUGCAGGGAGCUGCACCGUCUGGCUGAGGCGGCGGUGAAGCGUAAGAACUGCGCUCAGGUGUUGCAGCCCAAAAAAGGAUUGCGUGUUGAUGCGGCAACCGAACUACAUGAAUUUGGUGAGGAUAAGCCGACGCUGCUGGCGAGCCUUGCCCAGCAGCGUGACUCACUUCAACUGGAGCGAACAUCGCUUAGGCAGGCGAUUCGUGCGGCUAGUGCGGAAUCUUGCGGGAAAUCGACCAACAACGCUCUAAUUUCCAGCGUCGCACCACGACUGCAGGAGGCCGAGCGGCGAAGGCUUGAACAGAGUAUCGCAGCUCUGCAAGGGCGGGAGCAACAACUGAGGGUGCGAGCCCGGCGGUCCGAGAUGCACGCCGAUAGUAUCAUGGAAAACGUUGAAAAACUUCGAACUGCAAUGCGCCAGACAAAAGAACAGUACCGCAGAAAGGUAGUGGAUAGUUCCGAUACGACGUCUGUCUCAGAGAUCCUUGAGAACGUAAGUGUCACAGCUAACUCAAUGGGGAGCUGCUUCGUCACAGAGUUGGCGGCCUGA